CUUGAGGGCCCCGACAGGACCCCGGCGCUGCUGCGGCGGCUGGAGCGGGAGCCGAAACCCUAGUGGGAGGUGUCGUCGUAGUUGUCGUUAUCGUCGCCGUCCGGGCGGGGGCGCGGCCGGCGCGGCGAUGUGGUGGGGCGAGGGGCCCGGCGAGUGGCAGACGCUGGUGUGGGAGCUGCUGGGCGCCUCAGCCGUGGUGCUGCUGGUCCGCUGUCUCGUUCGUCUCCGGGAGCAGUGGCCGGGGGCGAUCCGCCAAGGCGUCGGCCGAAACCCCGGCAACCUCUGCCUGGGCUCCGGCCCGGGCCCCGACCCCGGCUCCGACUCCAGCCCUAGCCCGGACGUCGGCCCGGCCUCCAGCCCUCCGUCCCCGGCUCUCGGCGGCCGCCUCUCAGGUAAACUAUCAAUGGAUGUUAUUUUGGACAGACUGAAAGGUCUGAAUCCAGAUGAUCUUAGAGAAGAAAUUGUCAAAGCAGGACUCAAAUGUGGGCCUAUUACAUCAACAACAAGGUCCAUUUUUGAAAAAAAGCUGGCUCAGGCUUUGCUGGAGCAACAAGGAGGAGCUGAAGAAGUAUAUUUAUCCUCUUCAGAUCAAGCUGCAGAAAAUGUUGCUAUUAAUCAAACAACAAAACAGACUUUGAAGUCUACUGUGCUAAACCCAGCAAAGUAUACCAGUUUAUCUGAAGACAGAGAUUUUGGUUAUAAUAUGGGUUUGAAUCCUCCAGAAGAGGAUGCUUUAAUUCACAAGACCUGUUCUCUGCCACUUGGAGGAAUGGCUGACACUGACUCACAGAAAGAUGUCUCAGUGCCAUCCAAAGAUCCUCCUCUGUACUAUGGAGUAUGUCCAGUUUAUGAUGAUGUCCUAGCAAGAAAUGAAAGGAUUCAUGUUUAUGAGGAUAAGAAGGAAGCUUUGCAAGCUGUCAAAAUGAUCAAAGGGUCUCGAUUUAAAGCUUUCUCAAACAGAGAAGAUGCUGAGAAGUUUGCUAAAGGAAUCUGUGAUUACUUUCCAUCCCCAAGCAAAACUUGCUUUCCUCUCUCUCCAGUGAAAACAGGACCAUUUUUUAAUCAAGAUGGUUUAUGCUCACCUGAGUCUGAAUCAGUUAACAAAGAGCGAGCAAACAGUUUUAAAAGUCCUCGUACACAAGACCUGACUGCCAGACUCCGAAAGGCUGUGGAGAAGGGGGAUGAAGCUAUGUUUGCGGAACUUAUCUGGAAUAACCCACGCUAUCUGAUUGGCUCUGGGGACAACCCAACAAUAGUACAGGAAGGAUGUAGGUACAAUGUCAUGCAUGUGGCCACCAAAGAGAAUCAGGCUCGUAUCUGCCAAUUGAUUUUAGACACUUUGGAAAAUCCUGAAUUUAUGCGACUUAUGUAUCCAGAUGAUGAUGAGGUCAUGUUGCAGGAGCGGAUUCGAUAUAUUGUUGACCUUUAUCUUAACACUCCUGAUAAAACGGGAAAUGAUACUCCUUUGCAUUUUGCUUGCAAAUUUGGUAACGCAGAUGUGGUCAAUGUACUUUCGUCACACCCUGGUAUUAUAAAACAUCCUAGAAACAGAUAUUUACAAACUCCUGAAGAUGUAAUUUGUGAAAGAAGUAAAGAUAAAUCUGCAAAGUUGAAGGAGCAAAUCAGAGAAUAUUUAAAAGGUCAUUAUUAUGUGCCGCUCUUGAGGGCAGAAGACAAUUCGUCUCCUGUGAUUGGUGACAUAUGGACUUCAGAUCAGGCAGACGGGCGUCCUCACAUAACAACACCCCGAUUUGGGAGCAGCCCAAAAGAUCCUGUUUUGAGUGUGAGAGCUUUUGCAGGGCCAUUAAGCCCAUCCAAGGCAGAAGAUUUUCGCAGACUUUGGAAGACUCCACCUCGAGACAGAGCUGACUUUUUUCAUAAUGUCAGGAAAUCUGAUCCAGAAAGAGGUGUUGAAAGAGUAGGAAGGGAAUUAGCCCAUGAGCUGGGAUUUCCAUGGGUUGAGUACUGGGAAUUUUUGGACUGUUUUGUUGAUCUGUCUUCCCAGGAGGGCCUACGAAAACUAGAAGAAUACCUUGGUCAACUUGAAAUGAACAAAAAAGGCCACCAAGAAACAGGAGAAAAUGAGACCUGUAACAGACCUAAAACUUAUAAUACUUCUGGCAGGAGCAAAAAAUGCAGCAACUCCAUCUCUGUGGGAGCAUUUCUAGAUGAAGAAGAUGACAUGAGCCUAGAAGAAAUUAAAAACAGACAAAAUGCAGCGCGGAAUAACUGCCAGCCACUUGUUUCCCAAGAGCCUACCUUUGGUGCUUUUGGAGACUCACCAUGUGAUAUUCUUUCCAUGGAACACACAGCAAAAUUAAUAGACAUAUCACAGCUCCCUGGCAGACACUAUGAGAAGGGGGGUUCUUCUAACAGAAAUGGAUUUUGUAGCCCCGUAACUAAAGACAGGUUCAUCAGCAGGGAAAAGCAGAAGUCGCCGAGUGGGGAGGCAUGCUUUCUUUCACCUGUCUCCAGUUUAAUGACAGAAUUUGACAAACUAACAUUGCAAGACCAAGGAAAUAGGUUUUUUGAGAAAACAAACCAAGUUAUGGCAAAAACUGAUGAGAGAAUUCUGACUUCAGGAAUGAAUCAAGUCAAAAUUUCUAGAGACCAGGUAGAUAAGAUCGGUGCAAAUCAGAUAAAGGAAAACUACUUAGAAGAAGAUGCUACUACAGUGGGCAGGCCUGGAAAUGGCAAAAUAAGGACGGGAAAAGGAACGUCGCCUCAAAUCGAUAGAUUGCAUUUGGAUUCCAGUGCUCCGGAUGGAGGGUCACAGCUUUGUGGCCAGGCUAAAUCUUCAGAAUCUCCUUCUCCAAGGCUGUUUUCCAAGAUUCCACCUCCAAAUGAAAGAUCCAAGAAAUUCUUUCUUCAAGGGGAAGAGCCAACCAAAUUGGACUGGGAUGUUUUCGCAGCUAUAGAGCAUGUUGACAUUGACCCUCAGAAAUACCCUGCUAUCAACAAAUGGAAGAAUACCGUUCAGUCCUUUUCUGCUUUAGAAAGGCAAAGCUGGCCAAGCCCUGCAUUGAAAGGAAAACUCAAAUCCCAGUGUUCGACUUUGGGUUCACCUCGAAGCUCCGUGUGCUCCAGCCCUGGAAAAUAUGGCAGUUCUUCAUGUUCACCUAGUUUGGGGAGCCCUGGACGGUAUAGCCCCGCAUAUGCAAACUUGGUACUAAAGUUAGGUCACCCUCCAGAGCCUCCUGCCCUGUAGAAGAUGAGUCUGUCUUCUGGGGGCCCCAUUUAAUUUUUCUUUUAUUCUUUUUUUGUUUAAAAGUGGGAAGGCACAUGGAAGAAAGUUUUGUUGAAAUAACACAAAAGAAUGUAUUCUGAUUAUUUAUUAAUCCUCGUUUGAAGAGGACAAAUGUACAAAUUUUUUAAAAAUGCAAAUAUAAAUUGUUUAUUAUCCCAGCUAGAUUACUGUUGAUUUGUGAGAGAGUUUGCAAAAUAUGAAUUCAGAGAAAAUUUUUUAAAUCCUUUAUGGUAGGGCAGUGAUAAAUAAAAAUGAGGAUCUUUAUAAUCGAACAAUAUAGUAAUCCAUUUUACCCUAUGAAUGGUUUUAGGUGUUGGAUGAGGUGCAUGAUCACCUUGACAAAGAACAGCUAAGUAUCUAAGCAGAUGACUUUGAAUGUCAGGGAGGCAGUGCACUUGGUUAGAAUUAGCCAUCAUCCUCUUAACUUCUCAACUUGAAUCAAUUCACUUUUUGUUCGGUUUUUACUUUAUUUUGUUCAUAAAAAGGAAAAGUUUGGUAACUUUUGGCUUUGAAUUUUUAUUAUAUGAUGGAGAGAAACCUAUCUGGUUAACUAACAUCACUUCAGACCGGCUUAAAGAAAAUUGUGUUGAGGAAGCUGAAUGAAAACCUUUUAUAAUUCUUUCUUUCUUGUAAACAUCAGUGUCUGAGAUGCUGAUAAUUUUGGUUCAUUGGGAACAUUAAAAAAGUUGAAGAUAAAAAUUGGCUUUUUACCUGUGAGAACUAAUGGAAGUAGUCACACCAAGAACACUAGCAAUAACUUACGGCCCUUCUUACCAGCAGGGGUUUCGUAGUCCAGGUUAGUGUGACCCCUUCCUUGUGCUUAAAGAAAUCCCCAAAUAAGUUCCUUAGCUUAGAAGCUGCCUCAGAAAGUUGCAGUGGCAAAUGUCUCCUGUGCCUUAGCUUUAGGAAGGAGGCCACUGGCGUGUUUGGCAGAAGAGUGUGCACUGCCGUAUUACAGGCAGUCAGGAAAGGGCCCCUCUCCCUUAGCAGGCAGCUUCUCCUGGCUCAGGCUGAAGGUGAGUGUAAAAAGUAUUUGUAGAAAUUUUUUACAGUUUUAGAAGCUGUAGGACAUGAAUGGAGCUUUAUGACCUCCGAGGACUGCUGCUCUGUCACUGACUGAGGCUCCGCAUGCAAGCCUGGGCCCUCUUCUUGAUACGGUGGAGGCUACAUAUGACCUCCAGAACUGCUCUUCAUGUGUUCGUGAGCUUAAUAGUGCCUUUUGUUAAAAAAUAGACAAAAAAUAAUUUUUUGACCUUUCUUUUUUAAAAAGUGUAAGCUGACAUCUUAAGUUUGAGCACUUAAGAUGUUUAUUUCCUUUGUAGGAGUUUUUAAUUGAAAUAUACAUGAGAGGCUGUUACUUCUGCAUGAUGACUGGAGAAGGAUCUGAAUUUUGGAAUCAAGCUGUAGAUUUUAAAAUUGUAAAGAUUAUUACAGUUAUUGUUUAAUUUGUUGUGUACAGGAUAGUCUGGACACUAAGUAGGUAGAAGUCAUGUGUCCUGUUAAGAACAGAGCGUCACACUAAAUAGGAACAAAAUACUGUUACUGCAUUCACAGUAGAGGGAUAUUUCUCCACCCUGACUCCCUGUUACACUAGCCACUAUACUAAGGUGUUUGUAUUAACUUUUCUUUUAUACAUAAAGAUGGAAAUAAAAAUUACAGUGUCCAUUUUUUUAUUUUGGUCACAGUGUUUUUCAGACAAUUGUUCCUAGAUUCAAUAUUUUCUUCUCUCCCACGUUAAUAUGUUCUCUACUGACUUUUUAAAAAAAAAAACCAAAAAGGUUGCUGCAUGGUAGGUUUGGCACAUUGAUUCAUCAAGGGUCCUGAGUUAUACUACAUUUUAUAUUAUACUGCUUUGUACCGCUUAAUGAAAUAAAUUAUUUUUAGUUUAUGAUAUUCUUAAUUUUGGACAGAGUACCUUUCUUGACAAUAUUUUAAGCCCUGUUUUAGAAAGCAUUCAAGAUAUUAAAAUGCUGAUGGAUUCAUUUCCUAUCUUUAGUCACUUUAUUUUGUAAAAUGCUUAAAUCUAG